CUUCAGUGUCCAUGUUGAUGACGGCAUGGUCCCUGCGACGGUUUCCGUGUACCCGUCACGUGUUUGGAAAACGUUACCUGCACUGUGGAUAUCAUAUCCUCUAUUGAAGUGAUAUUAGUAACAAACAUGUCGUUUGUGGAGGACGAAGUAUCAGACAGUGGCGUGGACUCGCGCUCGCGAUUGGAAAGCUAUGUGUUCAGUUGUGAGUUGUCUUCUAAAAUUCCAUUCUACACAUUUCAAGCAGAUGAAGAUGAAGAUGUGGAGCAUUUUCUCGAGCUUAGGACGAUUUGUCUAGGUGACGGUGCCAAACAGGAGAAUAACGUGGUGGAAGUGACUGCUAUGAAUCACCAAGGAAAGAAAAUAUCGGUGCCUGUAGCUAAUCUCAACAUUUCCUGCCUGCCUAUGGUAAGCCUUGGGGAGUUUGAGUUGAUGACUCCUGUCACACUACGCCUGAAAUCUGGAUCUGGACCAGUGACCGUCAGUGGGUUACAUUUAGUUGCCACAGAGAAUGACGAGUUUGGAAUAUCAGAUGAAGAUGAUGAUGAUGAUGUCAGUGAGGAGGAAAUGCCCUCAGUCAAACCAGCCAAGAAAAAGCAGAGAGCUUAAUUUGAGAUGUUUACCCCAGACAUUUAUACAUUUUAAUAAUAGAUUUAAUGUUCUACUACGGGACGUGACGGAGGGUGGCGUAGAACGUAAUGGAAUUUUGUACUUUCAGAUUGUGGUCGCAAAUGUUAAAGCCUCCAUACAACCAGCUCCAUGAACACUUAUUUCAUGAUGAAAGUGUUUUAUUAGUUAAUACUGUACGUAAGUAACUGCCAACACCAAACUUCAGAUUCACUCUCAGUUCAGGGACUGAGAAUUCACAGUCCUGUUACCACUGAGCCCUGAAGUGAGGCACUUCACACCAGGUUGAUUCCGGAUGGACGAUCCCUGUAACAUACUGUAAGAUGAUAUUGACAGUGAAAAGCGUCAAUCUUCUGCCUUUAGGGAAAGCACCAGCAUUGUUCUCUACAGAUAUUCCUCAUAUUGUUUUGCUAUUUGGAAUUUUGGUUUUGGUUUUUUGGCAAUCGGGGUUUUUAAAUCUUAGUCCCUUUUUGAAGGACUGAUAUUUUAUGUUGAGAUCAGUAGAAGGACUUGCCAUGGUUGCCGUUUUUGUAUUUUUACAGAUUUAUUUACAGAUUCUGUAAAUAAAAUUUGUUGUUUUAGUAGAA